AUGGAUCAGUUAGAGCAGAAUCAAGCUACUAUGAGGGAGGAUAUGACCACUGUGAAGGCUCAAAUGGGUCAACUUGUUGAAGCCCUACAAGAUCUGGCUAGGGGACAAGAGGAAAUGCGUCAGGCUAAUCUGAGAGCCUCUAAUGCCAACCCUGCUGUUGUGACUAUACCGGUGAAUCCACCAGGAGGAGCUGGGACGCCUGCUGUAACUCAGCCACCUCCCAAAAGAGGUCCAGUAUACCAGAAUGCUAACCAUACAUUCAAUAUCCCCGCCAAUAGGAGAUUCCAGCCUGAGAUUGACGAGCAGCAGGACGCUUUCUUCACUACAAAGGCUGACUCAGUUUAUGAAGCUUUUUGUCUUUCUCCUACUGACAUCGAAAGGAGAUUUCAGAUGAUGGAGGAGAGAUUCAAGGCGAUGCAAGGUCCUGAUACCUUUGGGUUGGAUGCUGCCGACAUGUGCCUAGUGCCAGACAUGAAAAUUCCUCCCAAGUUCAAAGUCCCGAGCUUUGAAAAGUAUCAAGGGAUCACUUGUCUAAAGACUCGCAUUCGAGCUUUCUGCAGAAAGAUGGCAGCUCAUUCUAGUGACGAGAAACUCUUAAUGCACUUUUUCCAAGAUAGUCUUAGUGGAGCUUCUCUGGAAUGGUAUAUGCAGCUCGAGCGCACGCAUAUACGAACCUGGAGGGAACUUGCUGAAUCCUUCUUGAAGCAUUAUCAGUAUAACUCAGACAUGGCAGAAGUUACCCUAAAAAGUCUCUUAUGA